GGGGCCGUAGCAGCUGGCUAGCUAGCGGCCACUUUGUCGGAGGGAAAUGGGUUCAAAAUCGUUAGUGCCGGCCGAUUUGUCGACUUGUUUGAAGAAUUCAAGCUCUACGCCACUUAAAAGAUACCGUAUUUCAUCUCAGAAAUUGAGUUUUAGUCUCCAAAUGCGAACCCAUCAGCAUCUUGCUGGUGUAGCGAUAUGUAGGGCCUCAUCAUCAGACCAUUCUUGUUCACCUGUGCAGGACGAUCUGCAAGCUCUGUUGCAGGUCCUUCCAUCUGAUUUGCAUGACAAUCUCCUAAAUGAAGUAAAGAGGGAUGAACUUUUGGAGGUUAUAUUGGAUUUGGGUCGUUUUCCAGAGGCACGUUAUCUUGGCCAGGAUGGCGGGAAAUAUAUUAGGAAAACUGAGGUAACAGUGGAAGAGUUGGAACGUGCUCAACAAGCUGUUGGAGAAUUUGGGAGGGACAAUAGAGCUGGCAUUGAGGGCACAUUGCACAGAAUAUCUGCAAUCAGAAGUAGGAAAGGUGGCAUAGUUGGUUUGACAUGUCGAGUUGGGAGGGCGGUUAGUGGCCAUAUUGACAUGGUGUAUGACCUGCUUCAAUAUGGAAGGAGCAUUUUAUUUGUUGGAAGGCCUGGAGUUGGCAAGACUACAGUCAUGCGAGAGAUUGCACGUGUGCUGUCGGGUGAAUUUCAUAAGAGAGUGGUAAUUGUUGAUACAAGCAAUGAAAUUGGAGGGAAUGGCAAUAUUCCACAUGCAGCAAUAGGAAGUGCUCGGAGAAUGCAGGUACCUGAGCCAUCAAUGCAACAUAGAGUGAUGAUUGAGGCAGUAGAAAAUCACAUGCCUGAGGUGAUAAUAGUAGAUGAAAUUGGCACUGAAGCUGAAGCUCAUGCUUGUCGGUCAAUUGCUGAGCGAGGAAUCAUGCUUAUUGGGACUGCUCAUGGACAGCUUCUUGAGAAUAUCAUGAAGAAUUCUAUACUCUCUGAUCUGAUUGGUGGAAUACAAGCAGUUACUUUGGGAGAUGCAGAAGCCAGGGCCAGAAAUUGUCAGAAGAUAGUUCUUGAGAGGAAAGCUCCUCCAACAUUUGAUUUCCUAAUUGAGAUGAGAGACAGGCACUACUGGAUUACUCAUCAGACAGACAAAAGUGUAGAUAUGUUGCUUCGAGGAAAGAGUCCACAGGUUGAGGUAACAGUUCAACUGUCCGGGUCUCAACAUUGCUUCCAUGGCUAAAGAAUAUGAGAUGAACAACAAAAGACAUUAGUAGUCAUUUCAAGGUUCAAACCCGAUAUCCAGUUUCCUCAUUGCGUGGACAAUGAAAUAUUCUUUUGAGUUUCUGUGUCCUGGGGCUCUUCCUGUCAUAUUUUUAUUUGUUUAUUAAAUAUACAACUCGAUUCCUUAAUAGUAUACCUCCUUUCAUAUUGGCUCUGCAAUGUAUUACUCCUUGUGAAUUAGUCCCUUGAAAUAUGUGUAGACAGUAGAGUAAUAAUCCAAGAAUUAAAUUGUUGAAAGAUAUAUAUAUAUAUAUAUAUAUGUAUAGGAACAGUAGUACGUAUUUACUCUAUUUUAUUUGGGGUCAGAGCUUUUUGACUAAUAAAUACAUAUGCUGUGUGCUUCCAAUGCACGUUGGCUCCAAUGGAAGGGGUCUGAGUGACUGAGUCCCUUAGCCAUCGAUUCUUGGGUUCAAUUCCUAGGGUGAUGACAAUGGAGAUGAUGUGCUUGGGAGAGCUACCCCUAGUUGGGGCUUGACCCAGCGGCUUCACUACCGGAUGGGUUAAUACAAAAAAAAUGCUGUGUACGCCCAUAAUUCUGGAUCGUAAUAUUAUCCUUCAAGUCUGUGUUGUGCUUUGACUGAUCAAAUUAUAACUGUGGCUCUGGUUUUGCAGGUGAGGAAAAGGGAUGCAAAGUGCAAGGUUGUGAUAGAGAAAUCAAAACCUUAUGAUAAAUGUAUUUGAUAAUCUCCCUUUCCCCUUAUGCAUAAUAUAAUAUAGAGAGAAUCACAUUCAAGGACCAUUUAAGCAAAUUAUUAGCAUAUAAGAACCAAUAUAGAAUGGAUUGUUGUUAAAAUAAAAAUGUGAACUUGUUUUUUGUGAAAUGGAAUUUAUUGUUAA